AUGCAUACCGUUGUGCAGCCCAAUGAAUGGGUGGCCGUGAAGCUCCCCAACGAGAGCAUCCGGAUCAUCCAAGUCAUCCCCAAUACCACCAUUUCGCUCGGCAAAUACGGCUCCUUUCCGAGCAACCUCAUCAUUGAGCGGCCAUAUCACCUCACAUACGAAGUCCAAGACAGACGCGACGACGAGAACUUUAACAGGUUGCGCGUCGUACCGGCCUCCGAGCUUCACGCAGAUGUCAUUGCCGAAGAGAACGGCGAAAAGGCAGUGCCCGAUGAGUCGGCGGAAGCCGACGCCGACGCCGACGCCGACGCCAACAAUGACGCCAGUGCCGUUACGUCGGCCAACGUGGUCGCCGUCGAAGAUGGCGCCGACUUCACCCUCGUCGACAAGGCCAGCGGCACCGUCAUCGCCCGCGAGGGCCGCGACAAGAUCGAGGCCGAGGCGCGGCAGCUCCUGACGCAGCAGGAGAUCGAGACGCUGAAGAAGCGCGACACGGACGGCGGACGAGACAUAAUUGCGAAGCUCUUGCUGUCGCACACGAGCCUCGAUGAGAAGACAACCUUUUCUCUGGCAAAAUACAAAAUUCUCAAGAACAAGAAGUAUCUGAGGAGGUUCUCGCUGAUCGAGCCCGAGUCGGACACGACGUACGCGAGCUUCACGGACGACAUAGCGGAAGAAACGCUGAGCGGCUUCAAGGCGAGCCGCCGCGGCAACUACCACCGCAAGCGCCGCCGAUGGGCUCGCACGCGCUUCAUUGUCGACCAAGCACGGGCCGGCGGCUUCUCCGGGCUCGUCGUCGCGUCGACCAUGGACCCCAUCUCCGUCGUCCGCGCCGCCCUGCCGCUCCUCGCCGGCGGCGCCCCCAUCUCCAUCUACUCGCCCACCAUCGAGCCCCUCACCCAGCUGGCCGACUGCUUCAGCAAGGCCCGUCGCGCCGGGUGGUCCAGCAACCCGCCGACAGACGACAGUGGGCGUGCCCGCUGCCGGACCUGGAGAAACUGGCCCGGGUCGGACGACUUUCCCGUCAACCCGUCGCUGCUCAUCGGGCCCAACGUGCAGACGAGCCGGGCGAAACGCUGGCAGGUGCUCCCGGGGAGGACGCACCCGUUGAUGAUGGCCCGAGGGUUUCCUGGUUUCCUGUUCACGGGGUCCAAGGCCCGCGGAAGGCAAAGAUCGAAGCACGCGGCAAGACCAAGCGGCGCAAGGUCGAGGCAUAGCUGGGAGGGUACUUUCAUGCUGCGUAGAGGACCCGACGGAGGGAUCGGAAAAGGGGGAGCCCGAAGGGGGCGCGGUGGCAAGAUCGUCACCAUAGACUAG